UGUUUCGCCAUCCCUAACUUAGAACUUAGAACCAAUAACAAAAUUUCUAGAGUGCAUUUGACUUGAUUUAUUAGUUUGUAGAACAUAGCAAAAUUCUGGUCUAGACCGAAACACUAAAUUAAGGAGGCUACACCCCCGCAAUACCCGCAACCCAGAGACUGUCGCAGCAGGCUCCAGAAGAGCAGUAAGCGAGCACAAGGAUAAUUAAGCGAGGCAAACAAAAGCCAAACGAAAGACUCAAAGAGUGAGAGGAAAAAAAACAAAAUUGCCCGAUUUUUCUCGUAACAAAAAAAAAAGAGAACUUCUACUAAGGAAAAUAGACGGAAAUCCAAAAUAAAAAAAAAACUCUGCUCGAUAGUGCUGUGCGUAUGUGCAGGUGUGUGUGAGGGUGUGCGUGAGAAAGCUGGCGGCGCGUGCAUUAUUACAACUAUAAUUGCAAAUAACUUGCGUCAACAUAGGGGCGGGGGGGAGAGCGCGCGCGCGCUAAAGUGAGAUAGAGCUACGGAGCAACCGAGAUUUGGCCACCCGCCCAGGCCCCCGCCCCACUCUUCGUCCGCUGUCUUCACACUUCCGUGUUUACCAAAUAAGCCCCAAAAACAACAACAAACAGAACUACAACGUCGUCGCCCACAACUAUCCAGAUAGAGGGAACCUGAUAGUCGAAGAGUCUAAGAGAAACGUGAAAGAAAGACAGUCAUGGAUGUCCUGGAACUGCUGCGCGCCAGCGCCACCGGCAGCUACACGGCUCUCUUUUCAGAUGCGUGGUGCCAGUACGUUUCCAAUCAGAUCACUAACUCGAUGUACCUGUAUUGCGCUUUGGGCGUUUUGUCGGUGGUGUUUCUGGCGUGGUUCAUGUACUUCAAGCGCCUGGCCCGGAUUCGGCUACGAGAUGCCGCCUCUCGCUCCAUGAGCGCCAUCAACUCCUCGUCCGGCGGAGACCUGCGCGGCCUGAGGUUCCGGAAGCGGGACAAGAUGCUGUUCUACGGCCGUCGGAUGCUGCGCAAAAUGAAGAACGUCAGCGGCCAGAUGUACAGCAGCGGCAAAGGCUACAAGCGGAGGGCAGUGAUGCGCUUCGCCAGGCGCAUCCUUCAGCUGAGGCGCGACAACAUGCCGCUGGAGAUGCGCACCGUGGAGCCGCCGGCCGAGUAUCUGGAGGAGACAAUCGACGGCAGUGACCGUGUGCCGCCGGAUGCCCUGUACAUGCUGCAGAGCAUCCGCAUCUUCGGCCACUUCGAGAAGCCCGUCUUCCUGCGGCUCUGCAAGCACACGCAGCUCCUGGAGCUGAUGGCAGGCGACUAUCUGUUCAAGAUCACCGACCCGGACGACAGCGUCUACAUCGUCCAGUCGGGCAUGAUCAAUGUGUAUAUCUCGAAUGCGGACGGAAGCACGUUGUCCCUGAAGACGGUGCGCAAGGGAGAGUCGGUCACGUCGCUGCUGAGCUUCAUCGACGUCCUGUCGGGGAAUCCCAGCUACUACAAAACGGUGACGGCGAAGGCGAUAGAGAAGUCCGUGGUGAUCCGGCUGCCCAUGGAGGCCUUUGAGGAGGUUUUCCAGGACAAUCCGGACGUGAUGAUACGCGUCAUUCAGGUGAUCAUGAUCCGCCUGCAGCGCGUGCUCUUCACAGCUCUGCGGAACUACCUCGGCCUGAACGCCGAGCUGGUGCAGAAUCACAUGCGUUUCAAGAGCAGCACCAUAAUGAUGCCGUCCUGCACAUCCACGCGCCAGAACGGCUCCCAGCCGACGCUCGGCAUGCCCGCUCCCACGUCCUCGACCACCACCACGACUCCAUCGCCAUCGCCCACGACUGCCACUGCAGUUCACCCUGGCUUGGCAGGUGCCAACGGUGUCAUUGGUCCGGGCAGACCUCCCGUCUCGCCGUCGCGCCACUCACGCGAGGAGCACACCCUGUCCGAUCCCAAUCCCAAUCCGGACGUGAUAAACGCCGGCGUUGGCAGCGCCUCCGGCACCAACAUGUUCGCCGAGGCGCACGGUGAUGCGCCCAAUGUAGACGUGUUCCACCAGCACCAGCACUCCGUGGGCAAUCUGUCGACGCGACGUGGUUCCAUCUCCCAAAUGGCGCCCGAUCUGGGGCCGACACUAGCAGGUCAGGGCGUGGGACCCGGUGUAACGGGAGCACCUCCGUUGAUAGGUGGAGCACCCGUGUCCACGAUAGACAUGCGACUGGUGCACGCCUCCGCUGUGGAGAGCCUGCGCAAGGAGCUGGGCCUGCCGGAGGAGGACGCCCACAUUAUUGAGUCGUUUGUGGAGGUGCGGGAACUGGAGCCGAAUGUCACCCUCAUCACGGAGGGCAACUCUGACGAUGUGUGCGUGUGGUUCGUGAUGACCGGCACUCUGGCCGUCUACCAGGCCAACCAGGACGCGACACGGGCCAAGCAGCAGCCGGAGAAGAACGACAUGCUCAUCCACUUUGUCCAUCCGGGCGAGAUUGUCGGCGGACUGGCCAUGCUGACGGGCGAGGCCAGUGCCUACACCAUCCGCUCCAGGAACAAUAGUCGGGUGGCCUUCAUCCGGCGUGCAGCCAUCUAUCAGAUCAUGCGGCAGAGGCCCCGCAUCGUUCUGGAUCUGGGCAAUGGAGUGGUUCGUCGGCUAUCGCCUCUGGUGCGGCAGUGUGACUACGCCCUGGAUUGGAUCUUCCUGGAGUCCGGACGAGCCGUGUACCGGCAGGACGAGAUCAGCGAUAGCACCUACAUAGUUUUGAGCGGACGAAUGAGAUCUGUGAUCACGCAUCCCGGUGGCAAGAAGGAGAUCAUCGGCGAGUACGGCAAGGGUGACCUGGUUGGCAUCGUCGAGAUGAUCACCGAGACGUCGCGCACCACCACCGUGCUGGCCGUGCGCGACUCGGAGCUGGCCAAGCUGCCCGAGGGCCUGUUCAAUGCCAUCAAGCUGCGCUACCCCAUUGUGGUAACGAAGCUUAUUAGCUUCCUCAGCCACCGCUUCCUCGGCACGAUGCAGACGCGCUCCAGCAGCGCGGCGCCAGGUGGACCCGUCGAGGCCAAUCCCGUCACGCACAAGUACUCCACGGUGGCUCUCGUGCCCAUUACGGACGAGGUGCCGCUCACGCCCUUCACCUACGAGCUCUACCACUCACUUUGUGCCAUAGGUCCCGUCCUCCGCUUAACCUCCGAUGUGGUGCGCAAGCAGCUGGGCCCCAACAUCUUUGAGGCCGCCAACGAAUACCGACUGACCUCGUGGCUGGCGCAGCAGGAGGACCGGAACAUCAUCACCCUGUACCAGUGCGACAAUGCACUGAGUGCCUGGACGCAGCGCUGCAUGCGUCAGGCGGACGUCAUCCUGAUCGUGGGGCUGGGCAACGGCUCCCAUACGGUGGGCAAGUUUGAGCGCGAGAUCGAUCGCCUGGCGAUGCGAACGCAGAAGGAGCUGGUGCUACUCUACCCAGAGACGACGAACUCCAGGCCGGCCAACACGCUCAGCUGGCUGAAUGCCAGGCCCUGGGUAACGAAGCACCACCAUGUGCUCUGCGUGAAGCGCAUCUUCACCCGCAAGAGCCAAUACCGCAUUAAUGAUCUCUAUAGUCGCGUCCUGCUCUCGGAGCCGAACAUGCAUUCCGACUUUUCGCGCCUCGCCCGCUGGCUGACGGGCAACUCCAUUGGCCUGGUUUUGGGCGGCGGCGGAGCUCGUGGCGCUGCUCACAUCGGCAUGCUGAAGGCCAUCCAGGAGGCGGGCAUACCCAUCGACAUGGUGGGCGGCGUCAGCAUCGGUGCCUUGAUGGGAGCGCUCUGGUGUUCCGAGCGCAACAUCACCACAGUGACCCAGAAAGCGCGCGAGUGGUCAAAGAAAAUGACAAAAUGGUUCCUACAACUGCUGGACCUCACCUACCCGAUCACCUCGAUGUUUUCCGGACGGGAGUUCAACAAGACCAUCCACGACACCUUCGGGGACGUGAGCAUCGAGGACCUGUGGAUACCCUACUUCACCCUCACCACCGAUAUAACGGCUAGUUGCCAUCGCAUUCACACCAAUGGUCAGCUGUGGCGAUACUGCCGGGCCAGUAUGUCCAUUGCCGGCGUCUUCCCGCCCUUCUGCGACUAUCGUGAUGGCCACCUGCUCCUCGACGGCUGCUACACGAACAAUGUGCCAGCCGAUGUGAUGCACAACCUGGGCGCCGCUCAUAUUAUCGCCAUCGAUGUGGGAUCCCAGGACGACACCGAUCUGACUAACUACGGGGACGAUCUAAGUGGCUGGUGGCUGCUUUACAAGAAGUGGAAUCCGUUCACCUCGCCAGUGAAGGUGCCCGAUCUGCCGGAUAUUCAGUCCCGUCUUGCCUACGUGUCGUGCGUCCGUCAAUUGGAGGAGGUCAAGAACUCGGACUACUGUGAAUACAUCCGGCCACCAAUCGACAAGUACAAGACUCUGGCAUUUGGGAGCUUCGACGAGAUCCGGGAUGUGGGCUACGUUUUUGGCAAGAACUACUUCGAGAACAUGGCCAAGGCCGGGCGACUGGGUCGCUUUAACCAGUGGUUCAAUAAGGAGCCACCGAAACGUGGCAACCAUGCGUCCCUCAACGAGUACACCUUCAUCGAUCUGGCCCAGAUUGUGUGCCGAUUGCCGGAGACGAAUGUGGGCAACACGGCGGACUUAUUCAGCGAGGACGAAGACUGUGAUGGUUACAUCUCGGAACCGACAACGCUUAAUACGGAUCGACGGCGAAUCCAAGUGCCACGUGCCGGCAACUCGUUGUCGUUCUCCGAGAACGAGAUGGACUCUGAUGUGGAGCUGGACCUGCAGCUGGAACGAAAAACGGAAAAGUCUAUACACUCCGCGGCCACGUCUGUGGGGAGAGGCAGCAUGCGUUCCAGGGAAUUCCAUAAGCUGGAGCAGGAGCGGAAUGUGGAUAUCGCAAGGAUCAAGGAUGAGACUGAACGCGUAAAGGCGCCAACGAAUCUGGACCGGAAAGGGGAUGGACAGGAGCAGGAACAAGAACAAGAACAGGAGCAGAAACUGGAGCAGCAACUGCAUCAAGGGGAACUACAGCAGAAUCCGGAAGUAGAGGAGGAGCAGCGCAAUCAAGGAGAAGGAAACGAGGACAACAAGGAGAACAAGGGAGGCGCGUAUAACGAAACCAAAAACUAGGCUAUAGAGGAGGAUGUCCAGGCCACAGAACCCCAGAAACAGAAACUACUCAACCCACUCAACCACUCAAUGCAAAAUCAAACUCAAUCAACUUCAAACUCCAAUCACCAAUCUCCAGCGAACUGGCAAACGGAUCAUGUUAACCUCUAGGUUUUAAGAGCAACCAAGACUUAGGCUUAGCGUAGCAUAUAAACGAACUCUGAUACCCUAAUCCCAUCCAGUCCCGUCCUCUCCAUCACCUCCUCCUUGAGUCCUUUUCCUUUACUUUUCACGCAAUGUAAUGGAGGCACAAGUCCAAAACGAAUCAUACUUGUAUAUAUAUAGUUAUAUAUUUUUACUGAAGCAACAACACAAAAACAAAGACUUCCCUGCACUAACCCUGGAUCCACGAUCCUUGAUCCCAUGAACCUGAAACCCUUAGAACCGCCUCCUAUUGCCGCACACUUGUUUAGUCUCUUAUUUUUAAUAGUUACGCAAAAAGUUUGUUUAAUGGUCGAAAUAUUUUACUUUAUUUUUCUCUAUUGUGAA